GAUAUUGAUACAGAUACACAGUUACACACACAAAAACCCACCUAAUAUAUAAAAACCAAAUCUCGAAAGGAAUACAGAUACCAAACCUUCGCACAUCUCCUAGGGUUUCGUUUUCGUCACUAAGCAACAAUGGCGACAGCAGCGAUUGAACAAAACCAUCCAGACCAAGCAGUUUCAAGCGAGACAUGCACGACCAGAGCGGCUUCGUCGAAGCAAGGCGAGGGUCUGAGACAGUACUACCACCAACACAUCCACGAUCUUGGGCUCCAGGUUCGACAGAAGACUCACAAUCUCAAUCGCCUAGAGGCUCAGCGCAACGAUCUCAAUUCCAAAGUGAGGAUGCUUAAAGAAGAACUACAACUGCUUCAAGAGCCUGGUUCAUAUGUUGGUGAAGUAGUCAAAGUUAUGGGAAAAUCAAAGGUCUUAGUGAAGGUUCAUCCAGAAGGAAAGUAUGUUGUUGAUAUUGACAAGAACAUAGAUAUAACAAAGAUCACACCAUCUACCCGAGUUGCUCUUCGCAAUGACAGCUAUGUGCUUCACUUGGUAUUACCCAGUAAAGUAGAUCCUCUUGUUAAUCUUAUGAAAGUUGAAAAAGUUCCAGAUUCUACGUAUGACAUGAUUGGUGGUCUUGAUCAGCAAAUUAAAGAGAUAAAGGAGGUCAUUGAGCUGCCAAUCAAACAUCCAGAAUUAUUUGAGAGUCUUGGAAUAGCUCAACCGAAGGGAGUCUUGCUCUAUGGGCCACCUGGUACUGGUAAAACACUUUUGGCAAGGGCUGUGGCUCAUCAUACCGAUUGUACCUUUAUAAGGGUUUCUGGCUCUGAGUUAGUUCAGAAGUAUAUCGGUGAAGGCUCUCGAAUGGUUAGAGAACUUUUUGUUAUGGCCAGGGAGCAUGCUCCAUCAAUCAUCUUUAUGGAUGAAAUUGAUAGUAUUGGAUCUGCUCGUAUGGAAUCUGGAAGUGGCAAUGGUGAUAGUGAAGUGCAGCGGACCAUGCUGGAGCUUCUGAAUCAGCUUGAUGGAUUUGAAGCAUCAAACAAGAUCAAAGUUUUGAUGGCUACAAAUCGCAUUGAUAUUCUGGAUCAAGCCCUUCUGAGGCCUGGAAGAAUUGACAGGAAGAUAGAGUUCCCAAAUCCUAAUGAAGAGUCUCGUUUUGAUAUCUUGAAAAUUCACUCAAGAAGAAUGAACCUUAUGCGUGGGAUUGAUUUAAAGAAGAUAGCUGAAAAGAUGAAUGGUGCAUCUGGUGCAGAACUGAAGGCGGUUUGCACUGAAGCUGGUAUGUUUGCUUUAAGGGAGAGGAGGGUUCAUGUAACACAGGAAGAUUUUGAGAUGGCAGUUGCUAAGGUGAUGAAGAAGGAAACUGAGAAAAACAUGUCCCUGCGGAAGCUCUGGAAGUAACCUUUUCAGUUGCUUAUUUUCUAUUGUUCUUCCAAGUUGUAAGAUCACUCAUCACUUUCUUUCUUUACAAGAAAAAGAGUUAAAACAGUAGAGAAUUUUCCAGUAGUAAAUUUCGGUUACUGGAAUAACAACUCUCUCCCCUUCUAGUGUGCUGAAUAGUAUUCUUUCUGCAUCGAUUGAUAUCUUUACACCCCAAACAUUCGACUGGCUCCUUUUCCCUUUGAACCGGCACACUGUUUUUUCAAAUUUUUUUGGUUCAAUAAUAUUUUAGAUUUACAUCUCC